UUUAAAUAUAAUCAUUCCGCUAAACGUAUUCGUACAAAAACAACAUUUCUCGGAGAAAAAUGUUUCAGCCAGAUAAAAUGUGUUUUGGUGUAUUGUUAUUAUUUGCAUUUGUGUUUUGUGUUGACACACAAAUUUGCACCGACAAACAAACUUACCUGCGUUGGGUUCCUGAAACUUAUAUUCGCUCGUACAGAGAGACAUACAGAGGCAACUGCUGGUAUAAAUGUAUCAAGACUAGAUAUCGCACAUAUAUGGACUAUAGGCUCGUACAGAAAAACAUCGUAGAAAUCAAACAAUUCUGUUGUUCUGGUUACAUGAAGGAUGAAACAUCACCAAACUUACAAUGUUUACCAAUUUGCAGUCCUGAUUGUAUCAGUGGCUAUUGCAAGAGACCAGGUGAAUGUGGUUGCAACGUUGGAUAUGAACUUGACAAAACUAAUGCGCACAAAUGUUUGCCUAUUUGUAAUAACACUUGCGGACAUGGCAAUUGCGUAGCACCUAACGUGUGUGAGUGCAAUUUUGGUUACAGAUUUGAUAACCAUACCUGUCAACCAAUAUGCACAGAACCCUGUGUAAAUGGAACUUGCGUAGGUCCAGAUACGUGCGAGUGUUUUGCUGGAUACCGAAAAACUGAAAGUAAUCUUUGCCUGCCAUAUUGCUCGAAUGGAUGUCCGUAUGGUACUUGUACCAGUCCAGAAAAUUGCACUUGUAAUGAUGGUUGGUACAAGGAUGGUCUUGAUAAAUGUGUUGCACAAUGUGAUAAGGACUGCGGCGGAGGAUCUUGCGUGUCACCUAAUGUAUGCGAAUGUACAACCGGAUAUGAAAAAAAUAGCAAUGGCACCUGCGUACCUAUAUGCUCUAAUGGAUGUCUUCAUGGAACUUGUGUAGCUCCCGAAAAUUGUACGUGCAAUGACAGAUGGCAUAAAAAUAAAACUGGCGAAUGUGUCCCGAUUUGUGACAUUGAUUGUGGUGAAGGAGGCAGAUGCAUUGAACCUAAUGUUUGUGAAUGUCUUUCCGGUUAUGAAAAGAACGAAAACGGAACAUGUAUUCCUCAUUGUUCUAGUGGCUGUCCAAAUGGUACAUGCAUAAGUCCUGAUGUAUGUCAGUGUGAUGAAGGUUUUAAUAAAACUACUUCAGGUCUUUGUGAACCCUAUUGUAGCAGCGGUUGUGGUAAUGGUACAUGCAUAGAGCCCGAUGUUUGUCAUUGUGCCGCUGGAUAUAACAUGAAUUGGGACAAUGUCUAUAGUCCAAUAUGCAUACCUGAAUGUGAAGACUGUAACGGAACCUGUUUAGCUCCGGGAAAAUGCAUUUAUUUAUUUGAAGCCCAAUCAACAACUGUAGACAUGCUUACAGAUAGCAAUAUAGCUGAAACGGAGACAAAAAACUUCUACACAAAAGUCACCAGUGAAACCACUGAUUUAAAUUAUGACGACAAAGUUAAUAGUGACAAAUUAUCUGUACAAAAUAUUUGGUCUUCCUACUGGAUUUAUGUCUCUCUAACAAUCAUAGCACUCACACUGAUAUUACUCAGUUUUCUUAUAGUGAAAAGAAAAGCAGUCGCACGUGUUUUUGGUGGAGGUAGUUACAUUGUUGAAGAUGAAAAAGCAUUCGACGACUGCCAGUCCGUACAAACUGACAUGAGCUAUUCGAAAAUGUUGCAAAAGGAUCGUAAUUAAAUAGGAAAGAUCUCACCAUUAUUCUGAUUCUCAUUAUAAUCGUAAUUAUAAGUUAUACACAUAUUAUAAUCGUUAUUAGAAGUUAUUAAGUUAAUAAAUUAAUUUUUAUAUUAUUAUAUUUUUUACGACUGUUAUUCGUAUUUUCUGCAUAUCACACGUUACAAUAAAAUGUGUAUUUGAUGUAAAUCCGUUACAUAAAUGUAAACACAAAAUAAUCAAUUUUUCACAUGGAUUUUUUGUCACUGAAAUCUAAAAAACAAGUAAUUGUGAACAUACAAUGUAAAGUGAGAAGUAUUUAUAAAAUAUCUCUAAUGGAUUUUAUUUAGUUAUUUUUAUGAUUUUGUGUUAUUAGUGAUAUUAAAUUACUUUAUAUUUAUAUUAAUGAAGUUUUUUAUUAAAAAAAUUUACUUUUACAGUUUUACUAUUUUACUCUACAUACUGUAUAAAUAGUUAUUCCUGUAA